ACUCUCUGAGAGUGUCAGGUCACCUCCCACUUUCACUGAUUGGCAAAUGAGGACUUGGGGAGGAAACUAACUCAGGAGUAGAAUAAAAGCAGUGGGGAUAACCUACCUGAACAAUCGUCAAGGGAAAGAUCCAGAGUUUUCUUACUAUGGCUGGAACAAAGACACUUUUGAUGCUAGAAAACUUCAUAGAUGGGAAAUUUUUACCUUGUAACUCAUUUAUCGAUUCUUAUGAUCCAUCCACAGGAGAGGUGUACUGCAGAGUGCCGAAUAGUGGAAAAGAUGAGAUAGAGGCGGCGGUGGAGGCCGCCCAAGCAGCCUUCCCGGGCCGGUCUUCCCGGAGCCCGCAGGAGCGCUCGCGCGUGCUGCCCCGGCUGGCGGACUUGCUGGAGCAGUGCCUGGAGGAGUUGGCCCAGGCCGAGUCUAAAGACCAGGCUGGUCUGAUCCGUCCCUGGAAUUUGCCACUCUACUUGCUGACCUGGAAGACUGUGCCCGCGAUUGCUGCUGGCAACGCUGUGGUAGCCAAGCCCAGCGAGCUGACUUCAGUGACUGCAUGGAUGGUGUGCAAACUCCUGGAGAAAGCAGGUGUUCCACCAGGUAUGGUAAAUAUUGUGUUCGGAACAGGGCCCAGGGUAGGCGAGGCCCUGGUGUCCCACCCAGACGUGCUCCUCAUCUCCUUCGCUGGGAGCCAGCCCACAGCCUAGCAGGUCAUCCAGCUCAGCGCUCUCCACUGCAAGAAGCUCUCCCUGGAGCUGGGGGGCAAGAAUCCCGCCAUCGUCUUUGAGGAUGCCAACCUGGAGGAGUGUGUUCCAACCACUGUCAAGUCCAGCUUUAUCAAUCAGGGUGAAAUCUGCCUCUGCACCAGCAGGAUCUUUGUCUAGAAGAGCAUCUAUAGUGAAUUUUUAAAAAGGUUUGUAAAAGCUACCAGAAUGUGGAAAGUUGGUGUUCCCUCCGACCCAUCAGCCAGCAUGGGAGCUCUGAUAAGUCAAGCUCAUUUAGAGAAAGUUAGAAGUUACAUCAAGAAAGCUAGUGCUGAAGGAGCCCAAAUUCUGUGUGGUGAGGGAGUGGAUAAGUUAAAUCUUCUCCCAAGGAAUCAGGCAGGCUACUUUAUUCUUCCCACCAUGAUAACAGCUGUUAAGGACAAAUCCUGUUGCAUGAAGGAAGAGAUAUUUGGUCCAAUGACGUGUGUCAUCCCCUUCGAUAGUGAAGAGGAAGUGAUUAAAAGAGUCAACAGUGUUAAAUAUGGACUGGUAGCAACAGUGUGGUCAAGCAAUAUGGGGCGUGUCCACCGGGUGGCGAGGAAGUUGCAGUCGGGUUUGGUCUGGACCAACUGCUGGCUCUUCAGAUAGCUGAAUCUUCCUUUUGGAGGGAUGAAGAGUUCUGGGGUAGGAAGAGAAGGAGCCAAGGACUCUUAUGAAUUCUUCACUGAAAUCAAAACCAUCAGCAUUAAACACUGA